ACCACUUUUGAUGCAGCACCUAGACCUCAGCAAAUGUCUGCUUUAAACCUGUUUUAGGGCUGUGAACAGCCACAUUAAGUGAGUCAUUGCAACAGCUGUUCAAGUGGAACCAUCUUUCAAGUAGAAGUGGCCUUUUGGACCCAGUGUUGCUCUGAUAUGACGUCUUGUUAGCUUUUUGGUUUUGUCUCAACUGACUUGCAUAGGAAACCCACUGGACGAUACAAUGGCUGAAUUUUUUAUUUGUUUCAACUGGUGCAGUAGUGAAGAGCCCCAACCAAAGAGGCGUCAGAGACUAGAUCGGAGUAUGAUAGGAGAACCAAUGAACUUUGUGCACACGGCUCAUGUUGGAACAAGAGAAAUGAUUAAUGGCUUAGCAUCUGUUGGGUCAGUUCAGGACUAUAUGAAGUCUAAAGGCGGCUAUGCAAAUGAUAAUUCUACAAAUGCACAGCUAUAGAAAAAUUAAAGGAAGGCUGAAGCACCUGUGCUGAAAUCCUGAAAAUCUGUAUUGCUAGAAGGCCUCACUUGUUUGCACUGAUAUUGCAGGAUAAACUCCACUUCCCCAAUAGCAUGUUAUAGUUCUGUACUAUUUCUCUAACCUAACUCUUUUGGUGUUUCACAGUCUAGAUCACUGGUCUUUGCUGGAACUGUUGGUGUUGAUGUCUCAUUUUAUAGACUAGAAUUUGUCUUCCAAUAUCAUUGAUUUGCCUGUUUUGAGAGAGGCUAGUGAAGCUUCUGCAGCACUGCAAGGCUUUUAUGAUGGUUACCUAACUUAAAGCAAGUCCUGGGUAAAUGUGGGGGAAAGAUGCCUUUCCAUCACUUUGCUCACUACUACAGUUUAUCACUUCCACAACUACUGGAAAAAGCUGGGUAACAUUAGAUGGACCUUUGGAAUGCUCACAAACUGUAUGAUAAUGCUGCACAUAUGUAUUAAAUAUACUGUAUUUUAAACUUUUAAAAAUGGUUUUAGUUCUAUUGUUAUAGAUGCUAACCAGUCAUAGGACUUGCCUCGGCCACUACUAAUGGAAGCUACACCAUACUUCAUGCAAUAACCUGUCUGUCUGGAAGAUACCUGGGAGAGGCAUUUGGACCCUGUUGUUGCUCACUUUAAGUGCAUUAGAAGUGCUUAAUUAUG